GACGGACAACUCAUUGCAGUGCACGCGACGAUAUGGACAAGGCCUCGGCCAACUCAGUGAUAUCGCAUAGAAUGUGCAUGAAAAUGUCGCAGCUGUUAAUACUUGCCCGAUAUGGAAGGUGGGCGGUUGGAUAAGACACCUCGGCCUUAGCCUGACCACUAUUUUGGGAUUAUCAGCCAUAUGCUGACUCUCUAACCAGGAGACUACUGACCCAACCGACGCAAAGCUUUGAACAACAACAAGGUAAUUGACGUCGCAGUCUAACAUCACAAAGAUGACACCUACGAAACCGAGAACGAUUGAUCUAAAAGGAACACCACGACAGAUCGGUGUCCAGCAUGGCAGCCUCUUGUCCACAGAGAUCAAACGUCAAAUCGAGGUGUACAGCGCCAUGUUCGAAAUCACAUCGAAAAUGUCGUGGGACGCCGUCCUCGAACUCGCCGAGGAAUUCAGCGCAACCAUCAACAAGCUGACGCCAGACAUUCACGAAGAAAUGCAAGGCAUUGCCGAAGGCGCCGGCGUCGACAUUCUCGAUAUCGUCGCAUUGAAUUGCCGCAGUGAAAUUGCCCUUGGAAACUUCUCGGACGGAUGCACGAGUCUGGCUUGGAAUACGGCACCGGAUGUAGAGGGCGUCGUGCUGGCCCAGAAUUGGGACUGGACCAACCGAGUCAAGCAAAACCUGGUCAUGAUAUCCAUCGAGCAAGCUGGUAAGCCCAAGAUACACAUGAUCACAGAGUCAGGCAUUGUCGGCAAGAUCGGCUUCAACUCCGCGGCGGUAGGUGUAUGUCUGAACGCCAUCCGUGCCCGUCCACUGCCCAUCCACAUCGCUCUCCGGGUCUGCCUCGAGAGCACAUCCGUCGACGGGGCUAUUCGCCGUCUGCAAACACUCGGAGGCGUGGCGUCGAGUCAGCACAUACUUAUCGCCGACCGGCACAAGGCAAUUGGCAUGGAACUAUCGCCGCUGGGCGAUGUGUUCCUUCCUGAGGAACGGGGACUUGUCACGCACUCGAACCAUUUCAUCACGAACAAACACGUCGACGAACCGCCGUGGCUGGCAGGAUCGCCUGUGCGUCUCCAGCGCAUUCGCCAAUUGACGGCGAAGAUGAUGGACGAGGGAGUCUCCGGAAGCAUGGUUCAAGGAUCUUUACUCCGCGAAAGGGUCUUCUCCGACACUUUCAAUGCGCCUCAGGCGAUUUGCUGCCAGGAGGAUCCCACCCGACCAAUUGAGACGCGCAGCAGCACGCUUUUCAACAUCAUAAUGUCCCUGAACGACAAACCAUCUGCAGAAGUUGUAUGGGGGAAGCCCAGAUCCAGGGAAGAAGGAGAGGUGCUAACAAUGCCGUGGUAG